AUGGGAAAGCGUCACUUCUCAGGGUUGGAGGUGGCCCUGAUGGUGAUGUUUGCACUGGCACUAGUGGUUGCCGUUGCAUUGGUCAUUGUCCUUGCCCUUGGUGAGCCAGCUGUAAUCAAGGAAGAGUCAGAUUCAGGAAAUAACAUCACCCCGGAAUGCCCCAACAUUCCUCUUGCAGAGAGAGUGGACUGUUUUCCAGAUGCAGGCGCUUCCCAGCAAAAAUGUGUGGCCAGAGGAUGCUGUUGGAGUCCGCUUGACGAGACAAGCAUCCCCUGGUGCUUCUUCUCCAAAAAUCACGGCUACACCGUGGUCAGCAUGAACAAACCUGAUAACACACAUAUCGAGGCCAGGUUGAAGAGAAUGGGCGCCCCAUCUCUGUUUGGAGCUGACAUUGAAGAGCUGAUGUUCCAUGCUGACAUGCAGACAGAAAACCGCCUUCGGUUUAAGAUCACUGAUGCAAACAAGGCCAGGUUUGAGGUUCCUCACGAACACGUGAAACCCCCUUCCAGCCCUCCCACCAGUCCACUAAAAUAUGAACUGGAGCUGCUCCAGAACCCCUUUGGACUGAGAGUUUGGAGAUCAUCUCCCAAAAAACUCCUGUUUGACACAACCAUUGGGCCACUGGUUUUUGCUGAUCAGUAUCUCCAGCUCUCUGCUAAACUUCCCUCUCACAACAUUUACGGUCUUGGAGAGCACGUCCAUCAAAACUUCCUCCACGACACCAACUGGAAAACCUGGCCUAUUUUUACAAGAGAUGCAUUUCCCAAUGGCGGCACACACAACCUGUACGGCCACUACCCCUACUUCACAUGUUUGGAAGAUGAGAGUGGCUAUUCCAUUGGCGUUUUCCUCAUGAACAGCAAUGCUAUGGAGGUGACGAUACAGCCUGCUCCGGCCGUAACCUAUCGAACCAUCGGAGGAGUUUUGGACUUCUACAUCCUGGUUGGAGACACACCAGAGGCAGUUGUGGACGAGUUCACACAGUUGAUUGGCAGGCCUUUUAUCCCUCCAUACUGGUCCCUGGGCUUCCAGAUCUCUCGCUGGGACUACGGCAGCCUGGACGAGUUGAAGAGAACCGUGGAGAGAAACAGAAAGGUCGGCCUUCCAUAUGAUGUCCAAUACACUGAUAUUGACUAUAUGGAAGACAAAAAGAUCUUCACAUAUGAUGAGAGGAAUUUUAAGGAGCUACCUCAGUUUGCAGACUAUAUGCAUGAGAAGGGACAGAAAUAUAUUAUCAUACUGGACCCUGCCGUGGCCACAAGUCCAAGAGUGAACAGAAGCUACGAAACGUUCCUCAGGGGAAAUGAAGCUAAAGUUUGGGUCACUGAAGCAGAUGGGGAAAUACCUUUACUGGGAGAAGUCUGGCCUGGGGAAACCGUGUUUCCUGACUUCACUAACCAGGCCUGCAUUGAUUGGUGGGUUGAUGAAAUUGUGCGAUUCCACAAAGAAGUCAAGCAUGACGCCCUAUGGAUUGACAUGAAUGAGGUGUCCAGUUUUGUGAAGGGAUCCAACAAAGGUUGUGCCGAUAACAAUUUGAAUUAUCCUCCAUACACACCGAGUAUCCUUGAUGAGCUCAUGUACAGUAAAACCUUAUGUAUGGAUGCUAAACAGAAAUGGGGUAACCACUAUGAUGUCCACAGUCUCUAUGGAUACUCCAUGGUCCUGGCCACGGACAAGGCAUCCAGACAAGUGUUUGGGAACAGCCGUUCAAUGGUCUUUACCCGAUCCUCUUUCCCUGGGGUGGGCAAAUACUCGGGGCACUGGCUGGGCGACAACGGCGCCAACUGGAAUGACAUUAAAUGGGCCAUUCCUGGCAUGCUGGAGUUUAACCUAUUCGGAAUCCCUUACAUUGGUGCCGAUAUCUGUGGCUUCUUCGACGACUCCCCUGAGAAUCUGUGUACACGUUGGAUGCAAGUCGGUGCAUUUUACCCCUUCAGCCGAAAUCACAAUGCACAAGGUUACAAAACCCAGGAUCCUGCCUCAUAUGGAGAAAACUCCACGUUGGUGAACACCUCCAAGCAUUACCUAAACAUCCGAUACACUCUCUUGCCGUACCUCUACACUCUCUUCUACAAGGCCCAUGUCAAUGGAGAGACCGUAGUACGUCCCAUGAUGCAUGAGUUCUAUUCUGACAAAGCAACCUGGGCAGUUGACCGCCAGUUCUUGUGGGGAGCUCAUCUUCUAAUCACGCCUGUGUUGGAUCCUGAUGUAGACACAGUGAAAGCCUAUAUCCCGGAUGCCAUCUGGUACGAUUUUGAGACGGAGAAGAGAAUUACACAACGCAAGCAAGAGGUUGACUUGUUCCUGCCUAUUGAUAAACUCGGUUUACACCUGAGAGGUGGAGCUAUUCUGCCAAUUCAAAAGUCAGAUGUCACCACCACAUACAGUCGACGUCAUCCCAUGGGACUGAUCGUCGCUCUCGAUGACAACAAGAAAGCGUCAGGCGAGCUAUUUUGGGACGAUGGGGAUUCUAGAGAUACUGUCGAGUCUGGCAACCACAUUCAUUACCAUUUUUCUGUGGAUAAUGGUCUUCUGUCAAUUCACGUUGCUCACAAUGGUUACAGCGAUCCAAACAACUUGAAGUUUGAGAACAUUACAGUCUUGGGAAUGAACGGAAGUCCAUCCAACGUGCUUUUGUUAGAUGGAACCACUUCUACUGCACUGACUGAGUCCCAGAUUCAAUAUGAUCUCAUUAAGCAGGUGAUGUAUCUGAGGGAUCUGGAACUGGAGCUCGGGAAGAACUACACCAUCAGCUGGGAGGUCAAAUUCUUAGACCGCAUCAAUUGCCAACCUGGGGAGAACAGGGAUGAGGCCAAAUGCAAAGCCCGUGGCUGUAUCUGGCAGCCUUCAGAUAAUGCUGAAGAGCCCUGGUGUUUUUACCCUGAGAACCACGGCUACAUUGCCACCAACCUGAGUCAGACCCCAAGUGGCUGGACUUUAGAUCUAGACCGAAAUACUGAUUUCCCCAGUCAACGUUCUGUAUCUCCAGACAUCAACAAGCUCAGUGUUGAAAUCACUUAUCUUUCCGGCCACAGCCUGCGAUGGAAGAUCUUUGACCCAGUCAAUACACGUUACGAGGUCCCGGUUCCCAUCAACCUGCCAGCCACACCAGAGACAGAUGAAGCCAAUAGGCUUUACAAGGUCCAAAUCAGUGAACAGCUGUUUGGGAUCCAGGUGAUCAGAAAGAGCACAAAUGAAAUUAUAUGGGACUCUGCUAUGCCAGGCUUCACAUUCUCCAACUUGUUCCUUCAGAUUUCCACUCGCCUCCCCUCAAACAAUGUCUAUGGUUUUGGUGAAACAGAGCACAUCAGCUACAAACAUGACCUCAACUUUCACACAUAUGGCCUGUUUGCAAAGGACCAGCCUCCAGGGCUUAAGUUGAACAGUUAUGGUGUCCAUCCCUUCUACAUGGGUCUAGAGAAAUCAAAAAAUGCUCAUGGUGUCUUCCUGCUCAACAGUAAUGCUAUGGAUGUGACCUUCCAGCCUACUCCUUCUUUGACCUACCGCACCGUUGGAGGAAUCCUGGACUUCUUCAUGAUGCUGGGACCCACUCCAGAGGCUGUGGUCCAGCAGUACACUGAGAUAAUUGGCCGGCCAGUUCUUCCAGCCUAUUGGACGCUUGGAUUUCAGCUUUGUCGUUAUGGCUACGCCAACGAUCAGGAGAUCGAAGAUCUUUACAACGAAAUGAGAGCUGCUAAUAUUCCCUAUGAUGUGCAGUAUGCAGACAUUGACUACAUGGAGAGGCAGCUGGACUUCACGCUGGACCAGAAAAACUUCAAGGGACUUCCUGCUCUGGUUGACCGCAUGAGGGACGAGGGAAUGCGUUUCAUCUUCAUUUUGGACCCAGCUAUAUCGGCCAAUGAAACAAAAAAUACCUAUCCUGCAUUCGACCACGGAAUAGAGCAAGACGUUUUCAUCAGAUGGCCUCCAGAGUUUAGCAGUGAAAUUGUCUGGGGCAAGGUGUGGCCUGACUAUCCCAAUAUCACUGUAAACAAUUCGUUGGACUGGGAUACUCAAGUGGAGCAAUUCAGAGCUUUUGUGGCAUUCCCUGAUUUCUUCAAGACGACCACAGCUAAGUGGUGGCACAAUGAGAUUAAGGACUUUUACAACAACAAAAUGAAGUUUGACGGCCUUUGGAUCGACAUGAAUGAGCCAGCCAGUUUCGUGCAUGGUACCGUCGGAGAGAAUUGUCUUGGGGAUCCCAAUCUGGAAAAUCCUCCAUACAUGCCCCCAUUGGAAUCCAGAGAAAAAGGUCUAAACCACAAGACUCUUUGCAUGAACAGUCAGCAGAUCCUUCCUGAUGGCACACGGGUCAGACAUUAUGAUGUCCACAACUUGUACGGCUGGUCUCACACAAAACCCACUUAUGAUGCUCUCCAUGAUGUUACUGGGAAGAGAGGUGUUGUCGUCACCCGUUCCACGUACCCAACCAGUGGUCAGUGGGCGGGACAUUGGCUGGGAGACAACAAAUCCACCUGGGACCAGCUUUUAAAGUCCAUCAUAGGCAUGAUGGAGUUUAGCAUUUUUGGCAUAUCUUACACCGGCGCUGAUAUUUGUGGCUUCUUCAAUCCUGCUGAAGAAGAGAUGUGCUUGCGUUGGAUGCAGCUUGGAGCUUUCUACCCAUUCUCCAGAAAUCACAAUAGCUUAAACAAUCCAAGACAAGAUCCUGUGGCUUGGGGAGAACAGUUUGCUAACAUCUCUCGGGAUGUGCUGAAUAUUCGCUACACCCUCCUGCCCUAUUUGAACACAUUAAUGUAUGAAGCCCAUGUCCAUGGAAACACUGUGGUCAGACCCAUGCUGCACGAGUUUGUCACAGACGAAAACACAUGGGACAUCGACAGGCAGUUCCUCUGGGGUCCCGCUCUUCUAAUCACACCUGCUUUAGACAAGGGUGUGUCUGUUGUCAGAGGCUACAUACCAAAUGCCCGCUGGUACGAUUACUACACGGGUCAGAAUGUUGUGGUGCGAAGACGGUUUUUAGAUAUGAAUACACCAUUAGAGAAAAUUAACCUGCAUGUGAGAGGAGGAUACAUACUGCCCUGGCAGAAACCAGCGAACAACACUCAAUACAGCCGUUUGAAUCCUCUGGGUCUGCUGGUUGCUCUUGAUGAUGAUGGGUCAGCACAGGGCUCACUGUUCUGGGACGAUGGAGAGGGUGUUGAAACUCUUAAGAAUGGAAAAAUCCUUGUGACAUCUUUCAGUGCAUCUAAGGGUGUUCUUACAAACACGUUUAGCAAAAAUAACCUUGACCAAAAAGACCAGUUGACCCUGGGCGUUGUGAAGGUGUGGGGUGCCGGAACAGUGCAAAUUACACAGGUUAACAUGACUGUUUCUGAGAUGGUUAACGUCAACUUGAAUUUCACACACAACACAGAAACAGAGGUGUUGGAAUUUGAUGCAACAUCACAAUCACACACUUUGGAUAAGAAUUUCACCAUUACCUGGAAGACAACAUAGACAUGAACGCAUGUACUCUACUGAGAUGCUCUUUAGAAAUGAGCAAUGGCAUGAUUAUUUUUGUUUAUUUAUGAAAGCUGAGUCGAGCAACAGUGCAUAUGCGUGGCAAUGUGAUAAUCAGUAAUUUAUUUAACAUUUACGUGGGGAGCUUUUUAUGGUGGAUUAUGUAUAUUGUGUGUAGAUGUAACAUAUAUAAUUAUAUCUUAUAAAAUAAACUUUAAUUAAUAAAAAUACAUUGUAUUUGUGUUUGUUCGGAUCAAACAUUAUAAACGAAGUUCAGUUUCACACAGCUUGCAUAAGAAGCACAUAAGUGGCACAAAUUUGUUUUGGCACCCAUAUUAACAGUACGGCAUGCUGCAUAACAGAAGCGGAGACACAGUUUUUGGCACUGAGCCUUCAUGAGAAAAUACAAUGCAAAUGCACUGUGGACAUUUUAUCAUCACAACAUGCAAAAUUAGUUUGUAUGAAGCAAAAUUAAAAUAUUGGAGCAAACUACUUACCCGUUGUUUAAAAUAAAGGUGUAUGUUGGA